CUCUCCUUUUUAUUAAUUUUUCCCUCUUCCAUCCCCUGGAUAUAUAUACAUGCUAUAAUGCUAUAUGAUACCACCUUUCUCUAUGCAAGUCGUACUCUAUAGUGUAUUAGUGAAUAUAGUGUAUAGCCUCUAUAACAGCUGUUGUGUAUCGAUCAAACUGAAAAGAGAUAUUUGUGUUAUAUAUAUAGCAAUGGUUGUGGCUUCUCCAAGUUGGAGGAAGAAAAGAAGAAGAAUGAGAAUCCCAACGAUUGACCUAUCGAUGGAAAGGUCGGCGUUGUCGGAAGGAGUGGUAAAGGCGUGCGAGGAGUACGGUUUCUUCAAGGUGGUAAACCACGGUGUGGCGAAGGAGGUGAUUUCGAGAAUGGAAGAGGAGGGUGCAGAGUUUUUCGCCAAGCCCACCCACGAGAAGCGAAAAGCGGGCCCAGCCAGCCCUUUCGGUUACGGCUUCACCAAUAUCGGGCCCAACGGUGAUAUGGGUGACCUAGAGUAUCUUUUGCUUCAUGCCCAUCCUCUUUCCGUCUCCCACAGAUCCAAAACCAUAGCUAACGACUCCACCAAGUUCAGUUGUGUUGUGAAUGACUACGUGGAAGCCGUGAAAGAAGUGGCGUGCGAGAUUGUAGAUCUGGUGGCUGAGGGAUUAGGGGUUUCAGACAAGUUUGCACUAAGCAGGCUCAUCAGAGAUGUCCACAGUGAUUCAGUUCUGAGGAUCAAUCACUACCCUCCGUUGAAUGUGAAGGUGAAGGGCAAGAAGAAUAAUAAUAGCAUUGGUUUUGGGGCACAUUCUGACCCUCAGAUCUUGACCAUAAUGCGAUCCAACGACGUGGGUGGGCUUCAAAUAUACACUCGUGAUGGGUUAUGGAUUCCUGUCCCCCCUGACUCCAAUGAAUUCUUUGUCAUGGUUGGCGAUGUCCUACAGGUUAUGACGAAUGGAAAGUUGAUGAGCGUGAGGCAUAGGGCAUUGACGAACACGUGGAAGGGAAGGAUGUCAAUGAUGUACUUUGCAGCACCACCCCUUGAUUGGUGGAUCACUCCGCUACCCGAGACGGUAUCACCACCCCGAAAUCCAAUUCUAUAUAAGCCCUUCACGUGGGCCCAGUACAAGCAAGCAACAUAUUCAUUACGCCUUGGAGAUUCUCGACUUCACCUCUUCAAGGCCCAUAUAAUUGCCUCCCCAUCACAAUUUCAAUGUUGAUAUCUUUUUCUUUUUCUCUUCAUGCCCUGUAUAUUCAGAAUUGCCUCAGGAGUCAGGACUACUUUUUUUUAAAAGUAAUGAUGUGACAUCUUGUUAUUGGAGGAACAGGUUUGAGAACAGAAAUUGGAAACAGAAGAUUUUUAUCCUAGAGGUGAAGCAUAAAGUUCCGGAUAAACUCAGAACUAAAUUUAAUUAAACCC